UUCAACAGUUGUCGCGUUUACAUCUAGAAAUAUUUAAAUAACUUUAAUAGUAAAAUCGAUCAUAAUUUAUUUUCUAUAUAAUUAAAGAGAAUGCAUUUAAAUCACAUUCUAAUAAUAAAACUACUUUUAUUACUAAGUGUAUAUACGCAAUCAAUGGGGUCUAAUGUUUCAGAUAAUAAAAACAUAACUCAUCGAGAGCAACAGUUAAAAAUUGAGAAGGAAAAAUACUCUUUAGGAAUCGUUAAUUGUUCCUACGAAGAUACUAUUGAAAUUCCUGACAAUUCAUUGUUAGCAAAUGGCUCCUAUAUAUACAAGAAUCAAACAGUUAUACCACCCAAUCUUAUAGGAAAUUAUGAUUAUAUAAUUUUAUAUGAUGGCAGUAAACGUACUGUGCCACAAUAUAAACGGGCCUGCAUUUGUCACCUAAUGCCAUGCAUCAGUUUCUGUUCCAAUACUAUUCCGGAAAUUUAUAACAUUUUUAUGAAAAAUGCGCAAGUUAUGAGAACAGAUAAAAAUAACUUUUCUAUAGAAGUGACUCUUAGAAAUCGAACGGUCGUAAAGCAAAAUAUUGCUGAAGAUUUUGAACCAUUUGUAAAGGAAGACUUUUGUGAAGCCCCUCACAAUAUCAUAAAAGAAGUGGAUGGAGCUGGUUGGACUUUGUUCGAGAAUGGCUCUUUAUUAGUCCACAGUAAUCAUAAGACCUUAAAUAGAACUGAGUAUUGUUUCGAUUUUCAUAAAAAGGUCUUUGGAGAAGACACAUAUAAUUUGAUCAUUCCCAGGUUCUGUCAAACCAAGGAUGUUAGGGAUUCACUGGAAAAGUUAUAUUACUGGACUCAAGUUUUUUCAUUAAUAUUUUUACUUGUAACUUUGUUCGUUUAUUGCUAUAUACCCGAGCUGCGUAGUACUUUGCAUGGUAAAUGUUUUAUGACCUAUGCUGGUAGUUUAGCAUUAUUUUUAGCUAUUUAUAGCUUUAUAAAUCUCUCAAAAAUAAGGAUUAGUGUUGGUCCCUGUUUACUAAUUGCUUAUUUCAAUUAUUAUUUGCAACUGUUCCAUUAUACUUGGAUGGCUAUACUCUGCUAUGAUAUCUGGAGGAAUUUAAAUAAUUUGGAAUAUAAAUCUUCUUAUAUCAAAUAUGCCAGUUGUGGCUAUACGUUACCUUUACUCGUUGUAAUCCUGGGAUUUGUAUUACAAAAUACAGAUAUAUAUGAAGUUAUUACAAAUGACAGAUGUAAUCUGUAUGCUCACACAUGGUCUGAUAUCGUAUACCUUUAUGGUCCCUGUCUUAUUAUCAUAAUUUUUUGUUUAAUAUUCAUUAUAUCAACCUUAAGGUUGUUAAAAAUGAAAUAUAAUGAAAUAUAUGAAAAACUCAGUUUGAAAGAUUCUCCCGAAAGUUCUUACAAUCCCUAUUUGUUUCUAUUCUAUAUGAUGGUUUUAUGCUGGCUUUUAGAAAAUUUAUCGGAUGUUUUUUAUAUUUCUAAUCUGAAGAUCACCUCUGCUAUUAUUGAUUGCAUUAAGUCACUACAGGGAGUGUGUAUAUUUGUUAUUUUUAUUGGACGGCGAAAAAUUUAUAAUAUGCUUAAACAUACAUAUUAUGAUAACUGAAGCAGUCCCAGCACCUUAAAGCCCAGUAUGGAAAGUUUGCAGUAUUAAUACACAUAUAUAUUUUUUAAAUACAAACAAUGUACAUAAUUACAAAUUAUUAGGAAUAUUGAUAUACAUAAAUACAUACAUAUAUCGCUCAAAAAUAAACUA